AUGAUGAAGACACAGGGUGUAUUGGUGGGGGUGUCUCUGCUGACUAGCGUAGCUCUGCUGGGACUGAUAAACGUGCGGCAGAAAGAAGAGAUGAAGGAGCAGAAACAUGUAUCGUUCGAGACGAUUAAACUGCGUGUGACCAGAGACGUACUGGGAGAGUACCAACACGAGGUGAUCAGAGCUCACAACCUGCUGGACAAGACCAAGGCUCAGGUGGAUACUCUGGGGUCAGAACUCACCCCACUGCAGGCUGCAGAGGCCAAGAAGAAGAGUGAACUGGAGGCAUGCCAGGGAGAAAAGAAACAUGUCGCCGAUGAGGUGGGGGCCAUUGAGGCAGAGAACAGUAACUCUAAAACUGAGUUUGAGAAGCAAAAGGCUGCCUGGGAAGCAGAGAUGACGUCUCUCAAACAGCAGGUGGUGCAGCGCAGCAAAGUGUGUGUCUUUGUGAAGAAGGACUCUGUAGAGGGAAGGAAACUGUGUGGAGAUGAACCACCUAAACAAGAGGCCGCUCCCAAACCAGAUGCUCCCAAACCAGAAGAAUCCAAACCAGAUGCUCCCAAACCAGAAGAAUCCAAACCAGAUGCUCCCAAACCAGAAGAAUCCAAACCAGAUGCUCCCAAACCAGAAGAAUCCAAACCAGAUGCUCCCAAACCAGAAGAAUCCAAACCAGAUGCUCCCAAACCUGAUUCUCCUAAAGAAGCCCCUAAACAAGAGGCUGCCCCCAAACCAGAAGAACCCAAACCCGAGGCCCCAAAGAUGAGAUGAGCUGAGCUGGGGAUGGACGAAGAGAACGGGAAGAGCCACGUGGAAUCAAAGAAAAGACUUAAGGAAGGCAGAUGAAAAAUGGAGACCUUCUGCAGGACAUUUCUCUGUUCCUUUUUAAACUCCUUACAACUGGUCAUUCAUGCUACUUUAGUGUCUAUUAACUACCAUCUAACAUGAGUGCAUAUUGAAUACUUUUUGUUAACCUUGUCCAUUCCUCUCUCUCAGUAUGACCCUCCCUCAGGGGGUGUUUGUGUGUAAUUUGAACAAAUGUGUAUGUGUCACCAGUAUCGACCAAUCGGAAAGUCCAGAGCCUCUCUCUGUCACUCCUCAUCAUCCUCACUCUGUUACCCCGGUGACGGUAUUUUGCAGUGGUGGCAACCAUAGCAUUGACCAAUCAAAAGUCGUGGAUUAAACUAAUGGUAUUUCUGUUAAGUCUGAUUCUGAUGUAAUAAAGCUUAACCCUAAAGGAAA